AUGUGUCUGGACGCAGAAAAAGAAAGACGAGAUGCUGAAGAUCGAGGCAAACGGCUGCCCGGACCGAGGAGUACCUCCCUUCUGUCCACGGGUGUGGGAAAACGACGGAGCAGAGCAGUGUUUGGACUGCGGGGCUUUGACGGAUAUCUAUGGGGGGGGUCUGAUAGAUGUAUGCGAGACAAAUCAACACUGCUGCCGUUGAAGAUCUUCCUCCGCCCUUUACUCCUGUUCCGCUGAUGGUAAUUCUUGUCAUGCUCCCUUGCAUGAGAGGCACCUGUGGUCUAGUACAGGUCGUCUGUUCGUCUAUUGAUGUCUGGUGUCAGCAGCAGUUGCAGUACAACCGAAGAGCUCGUUUCUUGGAUCGAAGCAGCUCUAUAGUGCCAUGCUAUGACCACCAUAGCAUGUCUGCCACUUCCGGAGCACCUCUCCAGUGGUCGGCCACAACUCGUCUCGUGUUUUGUAUCUGCCAAUAAAUGUAAAUCUAAAUGUGAAGCGCCGCACCACCAGCAUGACAAUCACAUGCGUGGCACGAUGUUGAACUUCGAGUCGUGCUGUGCCUGCUCGGAGUUCUAUUAUACGUAGGGUUUUGACGCGGACUACAUCAUGAGGGAGCAGUGCGUAUUCGCAUUUCAUAUCUCGGACUCGAUUACUGCGCCGGACAGUCCGAUGGGAAGUGCGAGUUGACACGGCAAGUGCGUUGCCAAGGCCUCGUAAUGAGCAACGGGUGGUCCGAGGGGGAAUGAUUCGUUCUUCUUCUUGGCGGUCGUGCCAGCUUAUCACGAGGGGAAGCAGUGGUACCGCAAAAUGA